AUGCAGAACCCAUCGCCGGAUUCCGACCUGCCACCACUGGCCGCCGUCAAGGUCCGUUCCUCGUCGCCGCGCUUCCCUCCCCCCACUACUCCCUUGUCCACCGAGACACCCACCGCCAACGCCCAGCGCAAGAUUGGCAUCGCUGUCGACCUCAGUGACGAGUCUGCCUUCGCUGUCAAGUGGGCCGUCCACCACUACCUCCGUCCCGGAGAUGCCGUUGUGUUGGUCCAUGUGAGGCCUACUUCUGUCCUUUACGGCGCUGAUUGGGGUUCCGUUGAUUUGUCAAUUGUUGACGCUGAGAAUGAGGAGUCUCAGCAGAAGCUUGAGGAAGAUUUUGAUACUUUUACGACCACUAAGGCCUCUGAUCUGGCCCAACCCCUUGUAGAGGCUCAAAUCCCGUUCAAAAUUCACAUUGUGAAAGACCAUGACAUGAAGGAGAGGCUUUGCUUGGAAGUGGAGAGGCUUGGAUUAUGCGCGGUUAUUAUGGGGAGUCGGGGAUUUGGCGCGAUGAAGAGGGGGAACAAUGAGAGGCUGGGGAGCGUCAGCGAUUACUGCCGGAGAACGAGCAUGAUGCUACCCAUGAUCGCAAAGAUUUCUAAUUCAAACUUGAGUUCAGGACAUCCUCUCAAAGCAGCAGUUGCAGCAUGCAGGAAUCAUAUUCUUUGGGCUAUAUUUCAGUUGACGAGACUCAAUCAGAUUUAG